AUGGCACCUCCCCGGGCCAAUUCGAGAGGAGCGCAGAGGGGUGGAAUCUUGGGCGCAAACACAUAUGCCCCUGACUACAUCGGCUUCCUGCUCCUGUUGAUCGGCUAUCUUCUCAUCCAAUUCUUGAUGGAGCCCUUCCAUCGCAUGUUCUCCCUCAGUGACCUGCACAUAUCCUAUCCCCAUGCCAAAGUGGAGAGAGUACCCUUGUCGCUCAACUUCCUCUACGCCCUCUUCAUCCCCCUCGGCAUCAUCAUCUUAAGCAACAUCGUUAGCCACGCCGCGACACACAAACACCACGUCAGCAUCCUCGGCCUCGCAAUCUCCCUGAUCCUCGCCUCCUUCCUCACCGACGUAAUCAAGAACAUGGUCGGCCGCCCCCGGCCCGACCUCAUCGCAAGAUGCCUUCCGGCUGCCGGCACGCCACGCGACAUCCUCGUGACAAUCGACGUCUGCACGCAGACACGCCAUCAUACGUUGCACGACGGCUGGCGCUCUUUUCCCUCAGGCCACAGCUCCUUUUCAUUCGCCGGGCUGGGGUAUCUGAGCCUCUUCCUUGCGGGCCAGAUGCGAAUCUUUGCGCAUGCUACGCCGGGGAGCCUGGGGGAGCAUACGGAGAAGCUCGUGCGCGGGGAUCUGAUAAGGGCGCUGGUCUGUCUGGCGCCGCUGCUGGGCGCGACCUUGAUUGCCAUUAGUCGCUGCCAGGACUACAGGCAUGAUGUGUAUGAUGUGUGCGUAGGGGCCUUGCUGGGGUGGACAGUCACGUAUUGGAGCUAUCGGAGGUACUGGCCGCGAGUUAGUAGUGGGCGAUGUGAUGAGCCGUAUCCGGGCCCGCCUGGUGCCGAGGAGGCUGGAGGGAGGUAUGGGCGAGUAAGGGAUGAGGAAGAAGGGUUGGGAUCUGGGAGAAGUGUGGGUUUUCACCUGGAUGUGCUUGAUAGAUAA